AAAAACAUGAAAAAUCUAUUUAAGCAACCCGCAACGCUCUCUUCUUCGUAAUUUUUUGCUCCGAUACGAGGAUAUGUCGCGUCGCGCAUGAAUUAAUUAUUAAUCAAAAGAGAGUUAACAGUGCUUGUGCAGUGCAAGUCUUCCAGAGAUUUUCACUUUGGUUUAAUAAUAGCGAAGGUCGUAACUUUUCAUAGCCAGAGGGAACUGAUAGAGAAAGAUAGCGAAAAAAGAGUGGUCCGGGAAUGAGUUUUCCGCGGCGAAACUGGACCUGGAAAACGUCGCCGAGGACUAGCGAUCUUUCCUAAGAGUAAGAGGAUGCGGCAGUAGGAACGAACUCUACGUCGGAGUCAAAGGUCAAACCGAGGGCUAGCAUGUGCGAGAGUGCAAGGGAGGCGCACAGACAGACAGCCAGAGAGAGGGAGACGAGACGAGUGGAGCUCCCAUAUGUGCCAACAACAAAUACCACAAAACUAUUAACAUUUCACGCUUGAGGGAGCGAUAAAAGUCUGAUACCGAUACGAUUGAUAACAAAGUAAACUAGCUACAGCACAGCAACAGCAACAGCAACUGCAACAUCAACAUCAACCGUUUUAAGCACACGACGAGCCACAUCAACAUAUCCUUAUCAAAUCAAGAAAACAUCAACAGGGUACUAACAUGAUAGCCACCCCAAACUAGAACAUACCAUUAGUUCCGCAACAACCGAGGAUAAUCAAAAAUCAGUUAACCAAGGAGUCUAGCCCACAAAGGGGCACAAAAAGAUAGUUAACAGAGAUCAAAGCCAAUCAUGACUUUCUCGACCUUCACACGCAAAAUGCGCGGGCGCAUGCGCUCCAACACCUGCCGCAUCGUCCUGCUCACCUCGCUGGUCUGGGUGAUCUUCGACUUCGUGCUCAUCGCCCGCUACUCGGACUGCAUCGGCAAGGAUGGAUGGCGCUGCAAGCGAUCCGGCGAGUACGACGUCGAGCUGCCCAAUGCCGAACGCCUGGUGGACGACAAUCAGCUGGUCGAUGAUAAUGAGAUUAAUACGGAAAAGUCUCUGGACGGCGAAUCCGGUGGUGCUCUCAUUAUGGGCCAAGGCUUUGCAUCCGGCGGCAUAUCGAUGACCUAUCCCAGUGUGGUGCUAAAGAAGUGGUUCCUGGCGCCCAGCGUGCAGGAAGCCAAGGGCAAACCGGGCGAGAUGGGCAAGCCGGUUAAGAUACCCGCUGACAUGAAGGAUCUCAUGAAGGAGAAGUUCAAAGAGAACCAGUUCAAUCUGUUGGCCAGUGACAUGAUUUCGUUGAAUCGCUCGCUGACCGAUGUGCGACAUGAGGGUUGCCGCCGCAAACACUAUGCCUCCAAGCUGCCCACCACUUCCAUUGUGAUAGUUUUCCAUAACGAAGCCUGGACAACCCUGCUGCGAACGGUGUGGAGUGUUAUUAAUCGCUCGCCGCGCGCCCUCCUCAAAGAGAUUAUCCUGGUGGACGAUGCCAGCGAACGGGACUUCCUGGGCAAGCAGUUGGAGGAGUAUGUGGCCAAGUUGCCGGUGAAGACAUUUGUGCUGCGUACAGAGAAGCGUUCUGGUCUGAUCCGUGCACGUCUCCUGGGUGCCGAGCAUGUGAGUGGGGAGGUCAUCACCUUCCUGGAUGCCCAUUGUGAGUGCACGGAGGGCUGGCUGGAGCCGCUGCUCGCGCGGAUUGUGCAGAAUCGUCGAACGGUUGUGUGCCCCAUUAUUGAUGUGAUUUCCGACGAGACAUUCGAGUACAUCACCGCCUCGGAUUCCACGUGGGGCGGCUUUAACUGGAAGCUCAACUUCCGAUGGUACCGAGUGCCAUCGCGAGAAAUGGCGCGCCGAAAUAACGAUAGGACCGCUCCACUGCGAACACCGACGAUGGCCGGUGGGCUGUUCUCCAUCGAUAAGGAUUACUUCUAUGAGAUUGGUUCCUACGACGAGGGCAUGGACAUUUGGGGCGGCGAGAAUCUGGAGAUGUCGUUCCGUGUGUGGAUGUGCGGCGGCGUGCUCGAGAUCGCGCCCUGCUCCCGUGUGGGUCACGUGUUCCGCAAGUCGACGCCGUACACCUUCCCCGGCGGCACCACGGAGAUAGUCAAUCACAAUAAUGCCCGCCUGGUCGAGGUUUGGCUGGACGACUGGAAAGAGUUCUACUACAGUUUUUAUCCAGGAGCUCGAAAGGCAUCGGCUGGCGAUGUGAGCGAUCGUAAAGCACUGCGAGAUCGCCUCAAGUGCAAGAGUUUCCGCUGGUAUCUGGAGAACGUGUACCCCGAGAGCUUAAUGCCUUUGGAUUACUAUUAUCUUGGAGAGAUCCGAAAUGCGGAAACGGAGACCUGCCUGGACACGAUGGGCAGGAAGUACAACGAGAAGGUGGGCAUAAGCUAUUGCCACGGCCUGGGCGGCAAUCAGGUGUUCGCCUACACCAAGCGCCAGCAGAUCAUGUCCGACGAUCUGUGCCUGGACGCAUCCAGUUCCAACGGCCCGGUCAACAUGGUGCGAUGCCACAACAUGGGCGGCAAUCAGGAGUGGGUCUACGAUGCGGAGGAGAAGUGGAUUCGGCACACGAACACGGGUCAGUGCUUACAGCGUGCCACGCGGGACGAUGCCAACACGCCGCUGCUGCGUCCCUGUAGCUACGGAAAGGGCCAACAGUGGCUGAUGGAGUCUAAGUUCAAGUGGCAGGCUCACUAGCUGGUUGGCGCCGCCACCGGAACGCCCGACUACAACUAAACUCAACAGAUCCUACUAACUAUACUGAGAACUUCCGAUUUAUGUUUAAUCCUAGCCGACUCCUCUUUUUGACAUUUAUGUAGCCUAAGUUCAAGCGAAUCUAAGUUCUUGCUAGGCAAAUAUCUCUCUCUCUUUCUUUCUGUAUGCGUGAAUGUGUAUGCGGCCGAAGAAGUCCUUCGGCAGCAGGAUGUCUUCCCAAUAUCUUGAUGCGCGUGUGUGAUUGCGUGAGGUAUAUUCAGAUAUAUCUAUUUACAUGAUGAGCAUGUAUAUGUGUUUAUAUAGGCAGGCAGUUCUACGAUUUAUCUAGGUAUAUGUAAUUGUAAUGUAUAUUUACAUUAGCUUCGACCAAGUACCAAUAAAUUGGCAUUUAACUGACGUUUUGUGCUUCACAGAAUAUAAUUUUAAAGUACAUAAAUUGAGCCCAAGCAAUUGCAGGCCAAGCAAUUGCCACAAGUGUGUCAUAGCAGAACAUAAUGUAACCCAAAUACUAAAACGAAAAGGUUCUAAUCCCUCUUCACCAAAACCCAAGCACACGACAUUCCUAGCUAGAAUUGUACUUGAGAAAUUUACGGUUCGCUUUUGUUUUUUAAUUAUUUAAACUUUAAGCCACUUUAUGGGUUGUUCUUAGCGCGCACCUAUAAAAAAUAUCAGAGAAUCUAUUGCUUUGUACCAAAAUAACGCGCCCUUCAUAUCACAAAUGGAAAUUACACGAAAAUGCUUCUAAACCAUAAUCAUUAUACAAUGAAAAUAUGACAAAAAAAAUCUCUCAAAAUUGCACGCAUAUCAUAAAUACAGUGUAAAAAUAUUUAUAAGCUACAUUCAAACGAGAACUAAACAACUAAACAAAAACAAUGUAAAUAUGAUUAAUGUAGCUAUUAAAAAUAUACAUUUAAAUAAAAUAUCUAUGUAGUACCUAUAUGAUAUACACAUAUGCAAAGCAAGCAAAACUGUA